GGCUCGCAGCUGCCGUCGACACCAACCGAACCGGCACAUGCCUUGACGCAUCGCCUGUAAUCACCACAGGCUAGCGAUUUCGUAGAUCCUAUGCUGCGGUGGGUGCUGGCCUACACCUCAUGCAGCAUCGCAUGGGCUGCGCACGCAGACUUCCUGUGUGCUGCCUCAGCAUGGGAGGACUGCAGUGCCGGGGUGCAGCUUGUGCAGUCCAUGAGUGAGAAGCGGCGACAGGCCGCACCGAGCAAGGGCCUCCCCUAUGCGUCCCUGGUGGAAUCUGCGGCAGAUGAGUCCAUCUCAGAGAAAGAAGACGCGACGCUUUCCCAGAUGAAGCAGGCAUUCCUUCACUGGCAGCAGCUCACUGGGAGCAAGUUUGGUCAGGUCGUUGGGCUGGCCCAGUCCCGAGUGCAGACCAAGGUGGGCGAAGCUCCAUACUUCAUCAUCGCAAUCGCCAUUGGUGGCUUCGUCCUUUCUUUGGUCUCCAUUUGCGUGUCCCUGAUCUUUGUGUCCAAGCGUGUCCAGGACCGGGGGGACGGCGUGCCCAAUGCCUCUGCGCUGCUGGCGCAGCAAUUGCGUGCCAUUGGAGUUGGACAGCCGAAGAAGUCGUGGCCCGUCUGGCAACAGCACCAGCUUCAGGCUCAAGCUCAAAACCUUGAGAUGGAGCGGGCCAAGCUAGGUGCCGCUCCGCCACGGAACAGGGUGCAAAUCGUAGUGCAUGAGCCACUCGAAGGCGGCAAGCUGGGUCUGAAUUUGUCCGAAGACGACUUGGUGAUCAACAACUUUGGCGAUCUGAGAGCGUGCGACUUCGGCUUUCAGAUUGGCGACCGCAUUGUGCAGGUGAACCAAAUACCAGUCUUCAAAGAGGCUGACUUCAGGUUCAUUAUGCAGGAUGCGUUGAGACAGCACGAUCAGCUGGGCGAGCCCAUCGUUUUUGAAGUCGCACGCGGACCAGAGAGCGCUGCGUCUGCGCCACAGGUGUCUCCCUACGUCGGGGCUGCCUCCUCGUUUCCCACCGCGGCCACCACGCCUGAGAUGAGAACAAUGCUUCCAGCCGAGCCUGACCAGGACAUCACUGGUGCGUGGGCAUAUGGUGGCGGAGAGGCGAACCGCCACAUGUACACGAUUCGACGAGCUGGCAACUCUUUAUGCUUCGAACAAGAGCUGCCUGAUGGAGAGAAGGUCUCUGGUGUGCUCACGCCGGAAGAGGCCAGCCCUUGGCUGAGGACAGAGCUGCAGGGUACCGGAGGCCUUCACGGGGAGCUGCGAGUGCACUACGACCCCGAGGACCAGGUCCUGGUCUCGCAAGUCAGACCCAUGGGUCACAAGAAGUGGGGCAACGAACGACUUGCCACACGGGCGCAAGGGAAGGCGUGAAAAGCUACAUGACUCGCCCGAUCACUGGUGCAAUCUGAAAAG